AUGAAGUUCGCGAAGGAGCUCGACCAGGACCUUGUCCCUGAAUGGCGCGUCAAGUACCUCGAUUACAAAGGCGGCAAGAAGAAGAUCAAGGCCGUCUCGCGCGCCUUCAGUCGCGCGCCCCCGACACCCGCCAACGGCAAGUCCAGCAGCGACACGCAACCCAACCCAGCGAGACUCGAUGCCGACCAACACGUCUCGACGUCGCCCUUUUCGUUUCACGCCAUCCGACGAUGGAGCCAUUCCCAGGGCGGUCACGUCCCCGACGAGGUGGCUAUCCUGAGGGGCAACUCGGUGCGAAGCACAGCAAAGCCGACCUCGGCCGCGGGCCGCGCCAUCCCCACGAGCAGGCACGAACGUGAUGGCCUCACGGCGGCUGCCAAUGACAUGCACUACGGCAGUUUCGGCCUGACGCCGCCCUUGUCCACGACGCCGAACCACGCUGAUCCCAGGAAUACGUUUGAGCUGCCUGCGCCCGCCAUCAAAGUCCCUUCUAAUACCUCGGAGCAUCUGGCUCCUCCCGAUGGGGUGCGGCACCACUUUCCCGCCGCCAGAAGACUGAAGCGAAGCGUAUCCGAGGCGCCGCCGCCUAGCAUGGCAGAACCUCCAGCCCGAAGACCACAGACUGGGACUGGGACUGGCACCGGCACCGGCACCGGCACCGGUACCUCCAAUGUCCCGCCACACGCGACCCUCGGACCAGACUCGACGCCGCACCGGGGUAGUUUGCGCCGCAUGCUGUCUCAUGCCCUGCCCAGGACGCGAGCGCAGCGGUCAGCGCCGGAUAUAGUGAUGCAGGCAAUGGCCUUGGAUGUGUACCAGCAGAAGGAGCGUGAGUUCUUUGAAUUUUUGGCGUCCGAGCUGGAAAAGGUCGAGUCGUUCUACAAGAUGAAGGAGGACCAGGCCGCCGACAGACUGGCCGUGCUGAAGGAGCAGCUGCGCGAGAUGCGAAACCGGCGAGCCUACGAACUCAACGAGGAGCGGCGCAAGAGGAAACAAGGGGCGCACGACGUCAUGGCCGACGAAAAUGGCCAUGGCAUCGUGAGCGACCACGGCUACCUCGUCCAGGUCAAACACAAAAUCUUCAAGCCCGGCCCCAACUCGCGGGCCAUGUCGAACAUGGCGCAGACCCCAGUCAUCGGUGGAGUGACCGGCCCAGACGACAGACGAGAUUACAUUCGACGGCCGGCGCAGGACCAGGUGUCGUACAAGACGGCGAAGCGCAAGCUCAAGCUCGCUCUGCAGGAGUUCUACCGCGGCCUCGAGCUCCUCAAGUCAUACGCCCUGCUCAAUCGCACCGCCUUCCGCAAGCUCAACAAGAAAUACGACAAGGCCGUCAACGCCCGGCCUCCGUACCGCUUCAUGACGGAAAAGGUCAACAAGGCCUGGUUCGUCAACAGCGACGCGCUCGAGGGCCACAUCAAGACGGUCGAAGACAUGUACGCGCAGUAUUUUGAGCGUGGCAACCACAAGAUCGCCGCCGGCAAGCUGAAGAGUCUCAUCAAGCGGAAGGGCGAUGAGUCGGGGAGUGCCUUCAGGAGUGGCAUCCUCAUCGGCACCGGCGUCGUAUUCGCCGUGCAGGGCCUCACCUUUGCGGCCCAACUGCUGAUCCACGAGGAGGAGAGUGUGCGACAGGAGACCAGCUUCCUGAUGCAGAUCUAUGGUGGCUACUUCCUGAUGCUGUUCAUGUUUGGCCUGUUCGUCCUGAAUUGCUGGAUGUGGACGGAGAACAAGAUCAACUACCCCUUCAUCUUUGAGUUUGACCAGCGGCAUCACCUUGACUGGCGGCAGCUGGCUGAGUUUCCGAGCUUCUUUCUGCUGCUGCUUGGUAUUUUCAUCUGGCUCAAUUUCAGUCGGUACGGCUCUGAUGAUGUGUUUCUCUACUAUCCCGUGGUGCUCAUUGGCAUCUCGGCCCUCAUCAUCCUGUUCCCUGCUCGCGUCCUUGCACCGACCAGCAGGAAGUGGUUCGCAUACGCACAUUGGCGGCUUCUUCUUGCAGGAUUCUAUCCUGUCGAGUUUCGUGACUUCUUCCUCGGCGACAUCUACUGCUCUCUCACCUAUGCCGUCUGCAAUGUGUCACUUUUCUUCUGCCUCUAUGCGAACCACUGGGAUGAACCGACGCAGUGCAACUCGAGCCACUCGCGGCUGAUCGGCUUCUUCGGCGCGAUUCCUCCCAUCUGGCGCUUCCUCCAGUGUCUGCGGCGUUACAGAGACACGCGCAACAUCUUCCCGCAUCUCGUCAACGGCGGCAAGUACACCAUGUCGAUCCUGGCCGCCAUGACGCUGUCGGUGUACCGCAUCAGCGGCACGCACACGAACCUCGCGGCCUUUAUCGUCUUUGCGACCAUCAACGGCGUCUACACAGCCGUCUGGGACCUGUUUAUGGAUUUCUCUCUGCUGCAGCCCAACUCGCGGCACAAGUUCCUCCGCGACAUCACGGCGAUCAAGAAGCGGUGGAUCUACUACGUCAUCAUGGUCGCCGACCCGCUGCUGCGCUUCGCCUGGAUCUUGUACGCCAUCUUCACGCACGACAGGCAGCACUCGACGGUCGUGUCGUUCCUCGUGGCCGCGGCCGAGGUGUUCCGCCGCGGCAUCUGGACGCUGCUCCGCGUCGAGAACGAGCACUGCGCCAACGUGGCCGUCAACAAGACCUCGAGGGUCUUUCCCCUGCCCUACAGCCUCGCGCCGCUGGUCGAGAGCACGUCGAGCGAGGAGGGAGACCACGACGACGGCGGCCGGUCCGAGGUUCUCAGCGCCGGCGGCGCCACGGCGACGGGCGUGCGGCCCGCCUCGUCGCGGCGCGACGAGGAGGCCGGUGUCGCGGACGGCGGCGACGAGGCCGUGGCGUCGGGCACGGGCGUCCGACGGCGCCGCACGACGGUCACGCAGGAGGGCGUCGUCGGGGCGCGCGCAGCAUCUCCAAGAUGCUCCGCCGAGGCGCACAGGCAGGACUUUGUCAAGAGGCGGCAGCCGGGGCAGGAGGGUCUCGCGGGGCCGGCGCACAGCGACCCGCGGCACGCAGAGCGACGACGACCUCGAUGA